UGGAUUUUCCUGCAAAAUGUUGAUUCACCAUCUGUGCUAGUAUUCGUUCUGUGAAGUGAAAGACUGCCCUUUGUGUUGCGAUUGCAGUGGACCCUUUCUUCUUUUACUGACUUCUCUCUCUUGGACCAAAUGGUGGAACGGGAAAAUGUACAGAAGAGGACCUUUACCAGAUGGAUAAACCUACAUUUGGGAAAGUGCAAGCCUCCUCUGAAAGUGAAAGACUUGUUUAUUGACAUACAAGAUGGCAAAAUCUUGAUGGCGCUGCUGGAAGUCCUGUCAGGACAAAAGCUGAUGCAUGAAUACAAAUCUUCAACUCAUCGCAUUUUUCGUUUGAACAACAUAGCCAAAGCACUUAAGUUCUUGGAGGACAGUAAUGUAAAGCUUGUUAGCAUUGAUGCAGCAGAAAUAGCAGAUGGAAAUUCCUCUCUGGUACUUGGACUAAUAUGGAAUAUAAUCUUGUUUUUUCAGAUUAAGGAGCUGACAGGCAACCUCAACAGGAACUCCUCCUCCUCCAGCCUGUCUUCUGGGCCCAGUGGUCCGGAGUCAGACACAUCCCACCCCAGCACUCCCAGUGUGGAAAGAAACAUAUCCAUUACAGUGAAGGAUCAGCGAAAAGCCAUCAGAGCCCUUCUAAUCUGGGUUCAGAGGAAAACCAGAAAGUAUGGUGUUGCAGUUCAGGACUUUGCCAGCAGUUGGAGGAGUGGCCUUGCUUUCUUAGCUAUCAUAAAAGCAAUAGACUCUACUUUAGUAGACAUGAAGCAAGCACUGGAGAAAUCGUCUCGAGAAAACCUGGAGGAUGCUUUCAGCAUAGCACAAAAUAAGCUGGGUGUUCCUCGGCUCCUAGAACCAGAAGAUAUCAUGGUGGAAUCACCUGAUGAACAGUCAAUUGUGACGUAUGUGGCGCAAUUUCUGGAACACUUCCCAGAGCUGGAAGCGGAAGACUUUACAGAUCCUGACAAGGAGCUUCCAAUUGAGUCCACUUACGUCCACAUCAAAGACACACCUUCAGAAAAGGAAGGCAAAAUCUUGAUUUUAAGUGAAAGUGAAGAGAACAUGUAUACUGUUAAUCAUGAAAGGAGUCAUCCUGCUCCUCCAAAGGUUCACAUUCAUGACACCCCUGAGAGAAUCCUAUCAGAAGCUGUUCCUGAAAAAUGUAAUGGGAAAUUGAGUCAAGUGUUAGGUGAUUCACAGGAAAUGUCUGAAGAGGAGCCUCAGAGGCCUACCUCACUGAAAAUUACAGGAUCUGUCAGUUUUGAAUCCAAUUCCUCUUGGGAGGUUCUAAGUGAUAAAUUCAUGCCAGGUGAAGGGGGCAUAUCUGAUGAUCCACUGAAACAGGAUGAUGACCUUUCUCCAGCUGUUCUGAUAGAUCAGAAAAAUUCUGCUGACUCUUUUGAAGACUACUCUGAAGAAUUAACUAAAGAAAUCUCUACUGAAUAUGACAAUGAAACUAAGAGCCUUUCAGCCAAUACUUCUUCUUUGAGUCCAUUAUCCUGGACUUCAGGUAUACUUACAGAUGAAUCUAUAAAUAAAGUAGAAGAGAGCAAACCCCAGACUUCAAUUCUUUUACCAGAGGUUACCUCAAAACAAGAAGAUACACAUAAGUAUGUUCUUGAUCUUCUAAAUGAGGAAAUACUGAAACUUCCACAAAAUGAACAUACAAAGCAAUCACCUGUCUUUGAGACAAUAGAGACUAACCACUGUUCACUGAAUGGUUCUAAUCCCAAAGGCCAGGAACUAUCUAGACAGCAUGAAACAUCAGAUGAUUCUCUCUCAGAUGAACCUAAAAAUCCAGAGGAACUGGACAGCUGUGAUGAAGUUGAGUCUUCAGUUGAAGUGCUACCCAGUUCUUCAAAAGUAUCUAUAAUACCCCACGAUCUCUUUUAUUAUCCACAUUAUAAUGUUCCCAUAUCAGCAGUUUUGAAUGCUUACCUUGAGCCUCGUAUUGAAGGUUAUGAUACUGGAAAUGACAGUGUUUCUUCUGAAACAGUAACAGAUGUUUUACAAGAGAAGGGCUUACCAGAACAGAACUACAGGGAAGAUGCUCCAGAGCCAGACUUAGGGAAUAAGCUAGGUGUCGCUCCAUCACAAAUAGAUGCUGAGAAUGGCAAGGAAGAAGUGGCAGAUCUUAACAGUCACAUGAAUUCUUCUGAUGAAAAAGAAGUACCAUUACUAGUAGGAGAAGAGUUAGAAAUUGAAAAAGGUGGCAAAAAGGCCACCAACCAUGAAGAUUCCACUAUUCCACAACAUCCUGAGGCCAUAGUAGAACAUCUAGAGGAUUUAUCAACAGCCAUAAAGAGACCAGAAAAAAGUAGUCAUAGGGAGGAAGAAGGGGAAAAUAUGAUCAAAGAGGAAGACUUGCAGAUCUCAGAAGUUGCUGCUAGCACUCUGUCACAAGAUAAACUGGAAGAAAUUGCCGAUUGUCAGGAAUUUACCAGAACCACUGACAGUGAUUCCAACAUUUGUCUCCGAAAAAGAUCUCUUAAUACUUCUGAGGAGGAAACCUAUGGUGUAAAUGUACAGAAGAUGACAGAUGUGGGUGAAAAUCCAUUAAUCAUCAGGAAGAAAAAGGACUCGGAAGCAAGUGAGACGCCAGCACAAACUCAUGAGAUUACAAUUGUUGAGCAGCCAGAGCUACUGUACUUCAUCAUUUUUUUCUGGGUGCUGGUCUACUGCCUUUUACUCCUUCCACAGUUUCUUAGAAACAAAGUUUGAUUUCUGUGAGGUGUGAAAAAACAAAGGACGGUGGCUGGAUUGCUUUGUGUAUCUGCAUAUGAAUAUGUUUCUUCAGGUGAAGCACAAACAGAAAUGUAGGACCUGAUGUUUGUGUUUAUUAUCAGGUUGUCCUCAAUUCCUCUACUGUUGUGCUAUGACAGUGUCUAAGCACAUUUUAUAUUAUGGUAAUUGUAUAAAUAUAUAUAAAAAUUACCUGAUUUAGUAGAUGCAAUUUUGUACAUUUGUGCCUUGCUUUAUAAGAUGCUAAAUAAAACCAGAUAAUUAUCAGUAGAAAUAUGAACAAUUCAGAGCUCUAGUCUUCAAAAAUUAUUCUUUUGGCUUCAUUUACUUAUGCAGGGCCUGACAGCUGUGGAAGAGGGAUGGUGUUGACUUGCCCAUGAAUAUGGCCCAUCUGCAAGGGCAAGGCUAGAAAUGUUUUUUUCACAUUUUCCAUGCAAUUCUUCGAGAGAGUUGGAGGCAGAGCAGAGCUGCAGGUGGUGGAACAUGCUGACCCCAGGAAUUGAUUAUAAUUCCAAUGGCAAUCCAGUCAAGCAACAAAAUCAGAUUGAGGGUUUAUUUGGGUAGCGGAGAUUGCUUUUUUAGGAUUUAAAUUCAUUUUUAUCCUGCACUUUUUGUUAUGUUUAAUUUUCAGGAAUAAACUUGGUAUGGAGAAGUGUGAAGAACAUACGUGUUAGCUGCUUCUUAGGAGGGAUCAUAUGGGAAAUCUUAGUUCAGAAACUUCUGUAGAGAAUACCUGAAGAAAUACACGUUUUAUGUGUUACUGAUGGUGGCCAUCUUUGAAAAAGAUGUUCAAGAAGCUUAACAAUUUUAUCAGGAACAGAUACAAUUUGGGUUUUUUUUAAAAAGUACCUCGCUGCUUCUGAGGCUGCUUCUGCUUCCUUUUCUUUGCUGCUUUUACUUAACAGAUGGUAUAAAGAUUUCUCUUUUUUGAAGAUACAAAAAAUAAUAGGUAACCUAAUUUCCUUAGGCUACUGUUAUGGCACAAGUGCAUGGCAAAAGGAUUGGAAAUAUCCUUUAAGUGCCCAAAUCAAUAGAGAAAGAAAUUACAGAUGUAAAACUAAAUACAGAGAAAUGUUGAAGGCUGGUAUUGACUUUCUAGUACAACUGCAGAGACUUGUCUUGUCCAUAGACACAGCUGAGCCAUUUCUGCAUCUUGUAAUUUUUGUCCACAUCAGUGAUCACUAUAGGGUAUUUGAUUCAGGAUUUUUGCCAGAGGAGGUGUACCUCUGCAUUACAGGACAAAAGAGAUGUCUUCAAUUUCAUAGCAGUAACUUUUCUCUGCAUGACUUCUAGUGAAGUCACUAUUUUUCAUUGGCACAUUUUUAGUUUCAUAGUGUGCUUUAUGAGAUUACAUCGUGUUGCUGCUUCCACCUGAAAAUUCAUAAGGUUGACUGCAAUGUGCUUCAUAAAACGAGGUGUUUCAUAAUUUACAUUGAGUGAAAGUUACAACACGUGGCUGUAAGUUUUACAUAUUUUGUUUUAGCAUAAGGUGUAUCUCUCUCCCUGACUUAGUUUUCAGCUGACCUAACAGUACCGGUGAUCAGGACACACCAGAAUACCUAGCAAUUUAUUUGCAGGUAUUUAAAACCUGUUUACAGCCAUGUUAUCUGCUGGAGUAGUCUUAAUCAUCCAUUACACUUCAUUCUUCUUUAUAAGCUUUUUGUUUCCGUGGGAUUUUUCUUCCAAGCUUCAGUUAGAAUUCAAUAGCAGCAGUGCACAGCAGGAGGUGUUAAACAUUGCAGAUAAAAUUCUGAAUCUCUUUCAGUCAACAGAAAGCUGGAAUCUUUCCUGUUCUGUCCUGUCAUCAUUGAAUCGUGCUGGAUUCACCUCAUGAAACUAAAAAUAAGAUCCUUUGUGCUUAGUGAGGAACAGAUCCAAACUUCCCAACUUAAUUCAGUGUACAUCAACAUAAGUUAAAAAAAAAAAAAAAAAAGCGUUUCAUCUUGCUGAUGAAAAUGUUCAACAUUUUGAGUCAUCUGAUUUUGUGAUGCAUGAACGUUUGUGCUUGUUGAUGAAGACAGUGAUACUUUUUUCAAAAAGAAAACCUAUACUAGAAUUUUUGAAGAUUCUUUCUUGAAGUAGGCUAAAAUAUAGCAUUAAAGAGCUAGUGCGUUUUCUAUGAAACAAUAGAAAAUACAAGAAACUUUAUGUCCUUAUCCUGACAACCAGUGAAUACCUGGCUGGGGUAUGGCAGCUAUUUAAUAGCAGCAAGUAGCAAUGUACAUUAGUUUGGAGCAAAAGUAUUGACAGCUUUUCAUUAUGAGCCACUUAUCAUAGGCUUCUUUGGUUUAUGACAACUUUUUCUGACCCUUUGUAUCUUACUCUCCUGUUCUUCCAUGGUUCAUAGUCUUCAGUGGAGAUUAUCUGGAGUUGGAUUACAGUCUCUUCAUAGAACUUUACAAAGUUCAAAUAAGUAAACUAAGCACCCUUCUAUCUUCUCCCCUUCCUCCUAAGGAAAUUAAUCAGAAUGAGGAGGUCUUUGGAUGUCUCAUCUAAACAACUGACACCAUAAAGAAGGGAAAAGUUGCACUAAUGCUGGCAACUGCAUUACACAAUAUUUUCUUCCAAGAGGGAGAAAACCCAGUGUUUUCUUUCUUGCCUCCCACUGAUGAACAGUGACUGAAACAGAGAAAUGAGCAGUUUAAGUGUUAAACAGCAUCCAGCACUUGUCUUGAUCAUCUCACCUGAUGUUUAAACUGAUGUAUGCUUUCCAGCCUAUCCCAUUAACAGAUGGAGAUUCCUUCUUCCUUGCAAAACAGAUGAAAAAAUUGCUAAAUUACUCCACGAUACUUAGUAUUAAGUUGCUUUCCAUAUUUGGGUUGGUUGGGUUGUGUUUUUCUAUAACAAAAGCAGUUUACCUUACUGAGCCAUUACCUGGGUAAGAAGAUCCAGGGUAAAGAGUUAAGAGUGAUUAUACUGGUAUGGUCAAUUGUGCAUGAGGAGCCUGAGCUUUUCAUGAGUUCUGUCAUUACUUGGAACUGCAAAAAAUGACAUCUGCCUAAGCAGCACUUCCCUCACUUAAAUUGAGUAAGCCUGCAUCUCUUCUUCCACAGCGCAAGAUCCAAUCCCUCCAUGCAAGUGCCCUAUUGUGGAAACAUUGCUUGCUGUUAGACUUUGUGUCCUAUUCUGAGUUUACAGUCUACAAAGCCUGAUUGUGAAGCAGUCAUUAUGGCAAAGCCUCUUUUAACUUGCUGGCUAGAGGUAGCAGAAGUUUUAAAGGCUUGUGGGCAAUCUCUCAUCUAUCUGUUUUCCAACAGAUAUGUGGAUGGUCUGAAUGAGGAAGUUUUUCUUGAAUUUUUGUCUGGCUUUUUGAAAAAUGCUAAGCUUGAACUGACUGCAUUUGGUAUUUUGAUUUAGCAGCAGGAUUCAGAUACACAAGGGUAUCAAUCUAUAAGACCGUUUUUAAAACCUGUUGUUGAGCAAAUGUGUGGGUAGCAGAGUAUUGUGAAGUGUAAGUGUCAGGAAGUGCUUGAGGAUCACUGGAUAAAGGCUGUUUGGUGUUCACAGAAGCACCAUUAAAGAGGGAGAGACAAUUAGGAUAGUUCAGUGUAAUUGUAGUCCUGUAACUUAAUUGCAAAAUGUUUCAUUGUGAUUUUAUAGAAAGUGCAAGGAAAGAUACGCUAUUGAAGACAGAACCCUGGUAAACAUUUAUUGGUAAAUGUCUUAAAGUUGAAGAAUUGAGUUAAACAGACACAUAAUUUAUAAACUGAAUUGAAUAUAGCCUUUGCCAAAUUGUAGGACAUGAUCAGUGCAACAAUAGGGCAAGCACAGAUUACAGUAAAAAAAAUGACAAUCACUUUUCAAUGCCAUGAAUAUUUUUGAUGGAUUGAGCUCUAAAAUGUAUUUUUAUUGAGUUUCUAGAUUGUAAUGAAUGUGUCUACAGAAUUUUAUGCAAAGCUUGAGAGUUCAGCUGUUUUAAAAUGAUUUUUUUAUAUAGCAGUUAUUAUUUUAUCUAUAUAUUUAAUAGAACUGUAAAACCAUUUUAAGAGUACCUAUAAAAUUCUAUGUAUGUGAUAUGAUUAUUUAUUAAUUAUGACUCAUGAGAAUGAACAUUAAGCUAUGCAUCAGUUGUGUCAUCCUUUUGAAAACUGGAAACUGCAAACAGAGGAAGAGUUCUUAAUGAACAGUAGACUUGAAAAACAUAGGAAGUGAUUGAAUACAAUUGUGUAAUUCUUAAAGCUGCAUAGCAAUGUCAUUUUGUGAUGUUAAACUUUCAGCUAAAGUUGCAAAAUAUACUGAGUGAUUAAGCUACUUUCUUCCAUUAAAACUUCUUGAGGCUGAAA